AUGAGUCGCUGUUCAGAUGAUGAAUACUGGGACGACCUCCUGAGACGCUGCUGCAAAUGUCAACACUGUGGGCGAAACUGUCACAAAAUCUGGAAAUGCAACAAUUCCCCAGGGUUUUAUUGGGACAAACUGCUACGCAAAUGUAUCAAAUGUGUUGAUGUGUGCGGCCAACACCCUCAACAAUGCUCAGACGUUUGCAAUGAGAUCACAAGCUCAAGUCAAGACACCCCAGCCAGUCUCAAAUACUGCCUACCCAACGAAGACAGCUAUAAUAUCCUCAUCUUCGUGUUCCUGGCAGCAAGUCUCUUCGUUGUUAUAUGUCUAUUUCUGAUACUGCUGGUUUACACUGUCAAAAGAAGAAAUAUUUUCAAAUGUGACACUGCUGCUUCCAGUCACAAGAUGGGUCCCCCAUCAGAAGACAGGGCCAGCUCCUUUUCUUCAGACAAACUGCUGCAACGGGGCGUUGAAAAAGAUGAUCAGAACCAAAGCAUCUCCUCCGAUCCAUCAUCUGAGCCGUCGGAAACUUGCAGCUACUGUUUUUCGGAGCAGAGGAUCAGCGGGAAAGAACGAAAGCUGUCGUCAAACCUGGCAAUGUCCCAUCCGUGUAUGCAGAUAGCACCUGUCACCGACACACGAGCUCUACUCUCCGCCAGCGUCCCCCAAAACAAACCGUUUCAGAUCAUUUGCUCUCCCUCUCAACCCAGCACAAAGGAAAUAGAGAGCUUCCUAGAGAAGAGCCACCUCAAGUACUGA